AUGCAGUCGGUCGCGCACUCGGGGUCUUUGGUUUCGCUAGUAGUGGUGAUGGUCUUCGCCACCAUAUGGUCGUCCGCCGAGUCGUACCGCGUGGACAAGUACUCGCUGCUUAUGCCCAACGUCCGGCCCAAAAAGAUGGACUUGUAUUUGUGCACUCCUAUUAGAAUAGACCCAAGCAAGUCUUACUUUAUUGUCGGUUUCGAGCCAAAAGCACAUGGUCAUACAUCACACCAUAUGAUACUUUAUGGGUGUUCAGAGCCCGGAAGCGAAGAUCCCGUUUGGAAUUGUGGAGAAAUGCAAAUGGCAUCUAGUAAACAUAAGUCGUACAUGCAUUCCAACCCAUGCAAAUCAGGAUCUAAUAUAAUGUACGCAUGGGCUCGUGAUGCACCAAUUUUGAAACUUCCGAAUGGUGUUGGGUUUAAAGUCGGUGGUGAUUCGCAGAUCAAUUAUUUAGUUUUACAGGUUCACUACCACAGGAUGUUUAAAGAUGAUGAAACGGACAACUCUGGGAUAUAUUUGCAUUACACAGAACAACAAUUAGACAAACAAGCUGGAGUAUACUUACUAGCUACAAACGGAAGAAUCCCCCCGAAUGCGAUCGAACACAUGGAAACAUCGUGUCCUCUCUACGAGAUUGGGAAAGUCAUACAUCCGUUUGCUUACAGGGUCCACACCCACGAACUUGGUAAAGUUGUAGCCGGUUACAGAGUAAAGAAUAUCAACAAAGAUGUACAAAAAUGGGAUCUGCUAGGAAAAAGAGACCCCAUGACUCCACAAAUGUUUUACCCAAUAGAGAACAAUAUUACCGUCGAGUCUGGUGAUAUAUUGGCUGCCAGGUGCACAAUGGAAAGCAGGCGAAACACCGUUACAAGAAUUGGCGCGACGAGCGACGACGAAAUGUGCAAUUUUUACAUUAUGUACUGGGUGGAGGGCACCGAACCUCUGGAACAACAGAUCUGCGUGUCGGAAGGAUCUCCGCGGUAUUAUUGGGACAACGAUCCGUAUCUGACGAACAUACCGGACGAAGAAGCGUCGAUCUUAUAA